AUGAAGACCAAGCUCCUAACCGCGACAACCACUGUCCUUGUUUGGGCGGCGGCUGUUUUCGCUCAUCCAUCUCACCCCAACUCCGUAUAUGGCGUCAUACCUCGAGACCAAAACCCCAACGAUGCAGAUGCGCUUCUUGGAAUCAACUGCCGCGGCAGCGCCCUCUGCUCGCUCCCAUCUUGCACAGUCAGCCUCGCGACAAUCAAGAAAUAUGUUGAUACUCUUGACGACAAGGAAGAGUGGGGUAACGGCGACCAGAUCGUUUGCAAUCUUUGCCCUGGAUGCUCGCCACUAAGCGCAAACUGCGCGGGUAUCUGUGCCUUCCCACAGAAGCUUAAGACGGACGAGAAGGUCAAUGGCAGCCUGAUCAAGAGCAAGAUCAAUGACCUCGUCAACCACAAGUGCGGUAGAUGUGGCAGCUGCCCUACUAAGCCGGGAAACGAUGUUAACACCGGCGAGAUCACGGUCAACUACGUGACGUCUGGCUGCAAAGAGGGUGUCUGCGAUUACAAGCGCAAGACUUCCCGCGAUGAGGUUGCUUCUAGCGUUACAGCCGACCAGACUGCCGACGAAGAUGCUCCUGUCGACCAAACUAUCGAUACCGACGUUCCUGCCGACCAGACUAUCGACGUCGACGAUCCCAUCGAUACCUCCCUUCCUCCUGGGACGUCCGAAAACGUGCAUGCCCUUGGCGCCCCUAGAGGUAUCAACUGCAAAGGUAGCAGCUUCUGCAAGACUUGCGGUGACAAGACUAUCGAGCGAAUUCUCAGGUCAAUAGAUCUGAUGGACCAAGACUGGGAAUUCACAAAUAACCAGCACAUCGUAUGCGAACCAUGUGAGUAUGGAUACACUUACGGCAUGUGUAUCUUCCCUAGAAAUCUUCACCGGCCGAUUGCCGUCAAGGAUGUAAAAGUGUUGGUCAAGCGACUCCUGAAACAUGGGUGUGAAAAAUGUGGAAGCAUUCCUCUCCAUGAGGGCUCGGAAAACGCCCAAGGCAUGCUUACUUCCAACUACAUGCAAUAUGCGUGCCCAGGGAAGAAUUACCCCUGGGGCUGUGGGCCCAAUCCAGUAAGGCCAAAGUAG